AAAAAAAAUUUUAUCGUUAUCGUCGCUAUUCAUUAUUUUAUUUGCGAAAUAUAAUAUUAAUUUUUUAAAAAAAACUCCUUAAAUAAGAGAGAAAAUUCAACAGUAAUGGCUUCUGGAGCGACAAAAGCGGCAGCUAACAUUGGUAUGAUAGUUGCUAAACGGCCCGAAAAGCCAGGUAGUGCUGGCAAAGUCGUUGAAUUAAAGACCAACUUUAUAGCAGUGUCUACUGAGUUUAAAUAUCCGAAAGUGCACUAUUAUUCUUUUGAAGUUUCUGAUGCGAAAAAGAAAAAAGCUGGAAGAAAGGACUCUCAGAAAGUGUUCGAGCAAAUGAAAAAAAAUCAAAAAUUCGGUGCAAAGGCUUUACCGGUUUUCGACGGUGGGCAAGUUUAUUCAAUAUCACAGCUUGAUAUAGGGCAUAGAAAAGAAACAAGGAGCCAUUCGGUAAAAAUUCCCGUGGAUGCUGAUGGUUCAGGACGUGAAAAGGACUUAAAGGUUGAAGUUAAAUAUCAAGGAGAAAUAGAUUUGAGUCCUAUCGGAGAUUAUGUUAAAGAGAAAUCUACUAGUGCUUGGGAUGGGAAUAUUCAAAGUAGUUUGACUGUCUUAAAUGCUUUUGCAAAUAAUAAAGUCCGAUUAUCGUUUUUAUCUGUGGGAAGAAAGGCGAUAUUUCCGCCGCCUCGUGAUAAUAGACCAAUUUUUUUGCCCGGUGGUAUCGAAAUGAAACAGGGGUUCUAUCAAUCAGUAAGACCUGGAUGGGGAAGGCUUACAAUAAAUGUGGACAUAUGUGCUACCACUUUUUAUCCUGCGGGUCCUAUAAUUGAUCUCAUACCAAAGAUUAUCAAAACCAAAUUUGACAGGCAUGAAAAAACGAGAGAUGAAUUACGUAGAGGCUUGGAUAGGAGAGAAAUUGAUACUCUUAAUAGAUUUUUCAGAGGUGUCAUGAUUUUUGUAACUCACAGAUCAGACAACCGUAAACCAAAACAUAAAGUGUCUUAUCUAGAUUCUCAACCAGCUGAUCAAGCUAAAUUCAAACAAGGCAAUAAAGAGAUUACAAUUGCUCAAUAUUUCAAAGAAACCUACAAACAAACCUUGCAAUUUGGACGAUUACCAUGUAUUGUUGUAAUUAAACCAGACAAGACAAAAGUGUUUUUUCCUUUAGAAGUGUGCGAGAUAUGUCCUGGACAAAGAUACGAAGAUAAACUUUCUGAUGAUGCCCGAAGGGAAAUGGUUCAAAAAACUGCGAUCAAACCGUGGGAAAGAUUUGAUCGUAUCGAAACAGCUAUCAAAGAUAUUUUUCGACAUCAAAGAGACGAAAAUUUGCGCUCUAUUGGGAUGAAUGUAGACCCAGAGUUUAUUAAGGUCAAAGGUCGCGUCAUUCAACCACCAAGAUUAACUAAUGGUACAGAAAUAGUCCCGGAUGGAGGACGUUGGGAUUUGAGAAAAUUCAUUAAAUGUCCUAGGCUUCAUAAUUGGUCAGUAAUUGUAUUUGAAAACAGGAAUUAUGCUCCUCUAGAAAUGGUCAAAAAUGCUAUUAGACAAUUAGUCAGUUCUUUAAGUGAAAGAGGGAUGGACGUCUAUCCAGAUCCACCAAUAGAAUAUGGUAACCCACAAGGCGGUUACGAUAAAUCGCUAUUACUUGCUGCUCAAAAAGCCAGGAUAACGCGUGAUAGGCCCGCACAACUCAUUAUUUGUGUAAUUCAGAAAAAGGUCUUAGGUGCAUCUGGUAUUCAUGCUAUAAUAAAACGUAUUUGUGGUACUCAACUUGGUGUAAUUUCCCAAUGCAUUGUUGCCAACAACAUGAAAGGCCAAAACCCUAGUCGGUGGAGGCAAAUAUGUGGUAACAUUUCUUUGAAAAUUAAUGGAAAAUUAGGUGGUAAAAAUUGUGUUUUAGCUGACAGGGAACUUAAUUUUGGAACGAACAAACCGUAUAUGGUAUUCGGUGCUGAUGUUUUUCAUCCUGGUCGUGAAGAAAAGGGACGGCCAAGUGUAGCUGCAGUUUGUGCAUCAGUAGACAAGACAGUUACAAGAUAUGUUGGCCGACACAGUAUGAAUCAAAAAAUAAAAAAUGAAAUUAUCGAGAAUCUCGAAGGCAUGGCAGUAGAAUUAUUAAAUCAAUUUCAACGAGAAAAUAAUAUACUACCUUUCCAAAUUGUGUUCUACCGUGAUGGUGUUGCUGAAGGUCAAUUUCAACAUGUCGUCCAAAAAGAAGUAGAAGCACUAAAACGUGCUUUCAGUCGAGUUUAUGGCGAAAAGGGUGAAAAAGGGCAAAAACCACAAUUAACGUUUAUUAUUGUGCAAAAACGUCAUCAUGCACGGUUUAUGCCUGUUCAGAGAGGAGACUCUGAUAGAAGCGGUAAUUGUAGACCUGGUACAAUUGUGGAUACUGAAAUUGUGGUACCUCAAGAAUUCGACUUUUAUUUACAGUCCCACGCAAGUCCUCUUGGAACGGCUCGUCCUACGCAUUAUCAUGUGUUAUUAAAUGAAGCUAAUUUUCCUGUUGAUGCUAUACAGACCUUAACAUACAAAUUAUGUCAUUUAUCUGCCAGAUGUAAUCUUGCCAUAUCUCAUGUGACUCCGGUCCACUAUGCUCAUCAUAUUGCGAACCAAGCAAAACAUUUCGUUUCAUGGGAUGGUUCUGGCAGUGGAAGAUCAGGUAGUUCAGGUGGUCGUGGAGGUGAUACUGUUCCAAAUACCACCAGAUGCGAGAAAAUGAAAUCCGGGAUUGAAAACGAGAUGUUUUUUGUUUAGGGGAUUUUAAAGUUAAACCUACAUUAUAUGGUCAUUUAUAGAAUAGAUACCGGAUAACGAAUUAAAUUUUUCAAAAAAAAAAUAUAUAUAUAUAUAAUAAUAAUAAUUAGGUAACUACUGUAUUAUUAAUAAUGUUCUUAACAAAUAAUUUU